CCCUCACUCAAACGAUGAUGGCUGACAUGGAGGCAGACGAUGGAGAUUCACCUGCUACUUCAGAGGAGACCAACACGAGCCGUUCAUCCUCUAACCUAGUGCACCCCUGGCCCUAUCUUCAAAACAUGUUCAGCUUCGUGGAGAAACGUGGAGAAAGCUAUAUCAUGCAAUGUAAACUAUGUGUGCCGAAGAAGUCCAACAUAUCAGCUUACAAGAAUUCGACGUCGAAUCUCCGAAAGCACGUUGAGAGGAGACAUCCGUCAAAAAUGAAGGCCUUCAUUGACUGCGUGGCAACACGAAAACGGACAUCGGACUCGGAGCCUCAAGAAGUGGUAGCCAAGCAAGUCAAACUGGAUGAGAUGAUGGCAGCUGGUGUCGGCAGACGUGUGCCACAGUCAAAACUUGACAAGCUUGUGACCUUUAUUUGUGAUGGGCAUCAUGCCCAUUCUGUGGUAGAGCAACCAGCGUUCAAGGACCUCAUAACCACGCUGAAUCCCCAAAGCCAUGUGAUUUCAAGACCGACUCUUCGCAUCAGAAUACAGGAAGCAGCAAAUCACAUGAAGACAAACUUGAUGUCACAUCUCGCCAAGGUCCGUUAUGUUGGUACCACCACUGACUGUUGGACGGCGCACCAACAAAGUUUCUUAGGAAUGACGGUCCAUUGGAUAGACGAGCACACCCUGGAGAGGCAGUCUGCUGCACUGGCGUGCAAGCGGUUGAAGGGUUCCCACACUUUUGACAUCUUGGCAGCUGCAAUCGAUGAUAUCCACUGUCAAUAUAAAAUCAGGGGAAAAGUCGUGAGGACUACAACCGACAGUGGGUCCAAUUUCAUCAAAGCUUUCGCUGUCUUUGGGGAACACAGCCAGGAUCCAGAGGAGUCCGACCCAGAUUGUGAAGAACCCGAUACCAAUGACCUGGUAGACGCAUUCAGCAUUUUGGAAAAGGACACUCGGCUGGAAUUUCAACUCCCCUCACACCAAAGGUGUGCGUGCCAUCUGCUGAACCUCGUGGCAACAACCGAUGCAACGAAGGCAGAAGCAAAUGACACAUACAAAAGAUUGUCUCGGUCAUCCUUCGCGAAAUGCCAGGGAUUAUGGAACAAGACGGGCCGGUCAUAUGUGGCCGCAGAAUUUGUUCAAGAUCAGUGCCAGCUUCAGCUGAUAAGACCUAAUCAAACCCGGUGGAACUCCACUUACAUGGCCAUUGAGCGACUGCUGCGGAUCAUAGAUGACAAGGGGGAGGUGGCGAUCCGAAAUGUCUGCGAAGAAUUCAGACUCAAAAUGUUGAGUCCUGCAGAAAUCACUUUUCUCAGAGUAUCGCGAGGUGAUGAAACCUAUGGUAAAGGCGUUGAACAUCUUGCAGUCAGAGACCAACACGCACAUGGGGUGGCUCCUUCCAGUGAUUUCACAGCUGUCCACGAAGCUCAACAAUAUGGAAAGCUCCUCAAAGAUUUGCCUGCCACUCAUCAGAGCAAUUCAGGAUGGUGUCUCCAGACGCUUUGGUGAGAUGAAGGAGGACCCAGAGCUCAUUGCUGCUGCCAUCCUCCUGCCUAAAUUCAAGAGCAACUGGACUGACAGAGCCGAUGUCAUUGAAGCAGGCCUGACCUAUGUGAGGCAGCACCUUGACAGGAUGGCAGAGGUGGAAGAGGUCGUUGGGCAAACUUCAUCUGAUGAUGAGGAGGACUUCUUCACAUCCAUGAAGGUCAGAAGAUCACAAGGCACGGGGGAGCUGGAUGGGUAUCUUGCCUGUGCAUCAAGUAAGAUGGAUCUCCUCCAGUCAUUUCCACACAUCAAGAAACUCGCCCUCAAACUCAACACAGGUCUGCCUGCGUCAGCUGCCUGUGAAAGGCUUUUCAGCUGUGCCGGCCUGCUUUUCACCCCGAAGCGCGCUAGGAUGAACGCAGUGAACUUUGAGAACCAACUCCUGCUCAAACUGAACAGGAAGUUUAGAGAUUAAUUCAUAGUCCAUCUAGCGUCUCUCUCUCUCACACACACACACACACACACACACACACACAGAGCUCCCUCUCUCUCUCUCUCUCUCUCUCUCACACACACACAUACAC